AUGCGUGCUUAUGGUGCUACCCUCUAUAAAUCUAAACGAGCUUUCCUUGUAUUGGGUUCGCGUUCAGCCAUUCGGCUAUUGCCGGAAGAGGUAAUUGAGAUCUCGCUUUCUCCUGGAGUAUAUAUGAACGACAGAACCAUGACCUCAAUGGAGGAAUCAUGGACUAGUUGGCUGUGUGAUAUGGAACCAGAUGAUUACAGUUUCAACGGUCAAGCAGACAUAAAGAUGGAGGAUGUGAAUGGAAGUUUAGCAUCUCCUCGUCAUAUAGCCACUGCAUUAGAAGAGAACCCGCAGAGUUCUUUUUCUACCGAGAGUCACUCUUCAGUGACUGAGAAUGGCAUAGAAGAGAGGCCUUUCAAGUUACUCAAGACAUGCACUUCAAACUCUGCCAAAACUGACCAACUCUCACGAAAGACAGCUUCCACUCCCAGCUCCUAUAUUCUCUCCUUUGACAACACCAAUCCAACACCAACAAAGGUUGAAUCGGCUAUAAAUCCAGGAACCAAGGUUGCGAAUCGCGGUAUUGCUCUGCCUUCAAAGAGUGAACCAAAACGUGUUACUCAGGAUAGCAAGAAAACGGGCUCGUUGGGAAGAUCUUCUCACAACACACAAGAUCACAUAAUCGCCGAGAGAAUGAGGAGAGAAAAGAUUAGCCAGCAGUUCAUAGCCCUCUCGGCUCUUAUUCCAGACCUCAAAAAGAUGGACAAGGUGUCUGUGUUGGGGGAAGCUAUAAGGUAUGUGCAGCAGCUGAGGGAGCAAGUGCAAGUGAUGGAGGAGCAGGGCAAAAGGAAAAGCCAGGAAUGGGUGAUGCGUGCGAAGAAAUCUCAGGUUUGUGUUGCUGUGGACGAGGAUGUCUCAGACACUUCAUCAAAUUCCUGUGAGUACGGAAAUUCCGAUGAUCCCUCAUCCAAAACAAAUCUAUCACUACCAGAAGUAGAAGCAAGGGUGUCAAAGAAGAACGUGCUGAUUCGAAUCCUCUGCCAGAAAGAAAAGGUAGUGCUGGUGAACAUUUUUAGAGAGAUAGAGAAACUUCAUCUCUCAGUCAUCAAUAGCAGCGCCUUAUCUUUCGGUUCCUCUGUUCUCGACGCAACCAUCGUAGCCGAGAUGGAGGAUGAAUUGAACAUGAGCGAGAAGGAACUGGCCGAAAAUCUGAGAGUAGGGCUGAUGCAAUUUAUGUAG